UACGUAUACAAAAUACGCACAAAAUAAUAAUCUCUUACCUAAAGAUAAAGCCAAAAAUGGUACUAGUAAUUGGGCAAAGAAGAGGCAAACAAUAGUAAAAGAGAGAGGCUUAAAAGUCAGCAGAAAAAACGGCUGAUCCUUCGGAAGAAGACCCCUCUUGAGGAACCUUAUAAUAUAAUCACUCACUUUCCUAAUUCUCUUCAUAUUAUACACACUUGCUUUCCUAGCUAGUUCCUUCUUCUCCAAUAUUAUUAGGGUUUCAUCAAUAUUAGUAGUUAGUUUUCCUUAAACAAGUUUCUUUUUUUGUUUGGUUUAGGAAAAAAGUUGUCUAAGUUAGCUAGGUAGGGUUUGUUCUUGAAGUUCUUUUAGGGUUUUAAUGGAAGAAAGAAAAGAGAAAGAGAAAAGUACUAUGGAUGAAGUGAUGCUUCCAGGGUUUAGGUUUCAUCCAACUGAUGAAGAGUUGGUAGGGUUUUAUCUAAGGAGGAAGGUUCAACAAAAACCAAUCUCCAUUGAACUUAUCAAGCAACUUGAUAUCUACAAAUAUGAUCCAUGGGAUCUACCAAAGUUGGCAGCAGUGGGAGAAAAAGAAUGGUAUUUCUAUUGUCCAAGGGAUAGAAAAUACAGAAAUAGUGCAAGGCCAAAUAGAGUAACUGGUGCUGGUUUUUGGAAAGCAACAGGCACUGAUAGGCCAAUUUAUUCAUCUGAAGGAUCAAAAUGCAUUGGAUUGAAGAAAUCACUGGUUUUCUACAAAGGUAGAGCUGCAAAAGGGGUUAAAACUGAUUGGAUGAUGCAUGAGUUUAGAUUGCCUUCUAUUACUGACUCCACUGCACCAAAGAGAUUCUUGGAUAAACAUAUUCCUCCAAAUGACUCAUGGGCAAUAUGUAGGAUUUUUAAGAAAGCAAACUCCAAUGCACAUAGAGCUCUUUCUCAUUCUUGGGUAUCACCACCACCACUACCUCAAGCUCAAAGUAACACUACAUUAUCUCAUGAUUUUCUAGCAAGUAGCCACUUCAGUAAUUCAGAUGAAAUGUCAUUAUUUAUACACAAAACAAAUACUACAUCACCAAUCCAAUUUAAUGACUUACAAAACUCAUCCAACAACUUGGCUAGCUUCUCCACAUUAGAUCUUCCUCUUUACAAAACCCUCAACUCAAUUUCUAGUUACAAUAAUAAACCACCUCAACAAAUUUCAAUUUCAAACCACCAUGACCCUAUUACAACAAGUUACACAUUUUCUUCAUCAUGUGUUGAAAAUAUGAACAAUAUUGAUGCUUCUUCUUUGCUCUUAAACAUGUCAUCUUCUAUAUUUGGAGAUUAUUCAAUCACGUUACCCGAGAGUAUGGAAGGUGGUGGUGGUGGUGGUGUUCAUGAAGAGACAAUUACAGCCUUAAAGGAAGCAAAUAAUGUGAUCAACAAUAUGGAACAUAUGGAGGAACAAUGGGGAAAUGUUGUUAGAUCUAAUAUUGGAGUACUUCCAUUGGUGAAUAAUUUUCCAUUAAAUGUGGCUGCUGAUGCAUGGAAGACAAGUUUGCUUUGGGAUUCUUCUUCUCCUUGUCCUAGUAGUGAAAUGUCUACAAGUUAUUCUACUAACAAGUGUUACACUUGACCCCAUGGGUAGUACUAAUUUUUAGUCAUGUGUUUUUUACUUUCAAGAAGUUAGUUUUUCUUUUUCUUUCUUUUGGAUUUUUGUUUUUGUUUUCUUUUUUGGGUACUUUUUAGUUUGGACUUAGUUUAAGUUUUGGAAUAGUGUUGUAAAAACUCUCUAAUGUAGGUUUUUCAAUUGAUUCAUGACUAAUCAAAUCAUUUCCCAAAAAGAUUUUGACCAAGAUAUGGAAGAACAAUUUUCA